CUGACCUCGCUUGUUUUUUAAAUAUUUAGCUACAAAUCCCGGACAUCCAUUUAACGUUAGUCAGUUUCAGUGGCUAGGUAACUACGGUAGUUAAAAUUUGUUAGGCUAGCUAAAUAGCUGUAGCCGAACGAUAUUUCAAUUAUCUAGCUAAACCGUUAUCUAACUAGAAUAUUUCACUGGGCAUUCAUGCUUGUUGUAUGAACCUGGCUGGAUCAAGCUAACUAUCUACUUUUGAGCUUCGCUAGUUGCUUCCAUGCUGUGCUAUGCUGUUUUUUUCUGUCCAACGAGAUCCAAUGCGCAAUCGGUGUCAGGAUACAUGCCUCAAAGGCCUUUAUGUGAACAUGGUAAAGCCCGCUGCGUCCCACCAACUGGCCAUCCGUGACAAAUCGAAGAGAACCAAUGCCUAGAAUCAACAAGACCGUGGUCUUGGCCCUUCUCAUUGCAACAAGCUCCGUGUUUCUCAUGUUCCAGUUGUAUUACUACAGACAGUAUGUGUCGAAGCAUGGAACUCGGUCCAAUGGCAAAACCAUUCCGUUGGGAGGUGAUACACAGUUUCAAGUGGUGAAGAAGUUUCUCGAACUGGUGGCCAAGUAUAAUCUGCCCGUGUUCCUGAUUGACCCGGCUUCCCUGAGCCUGCUCCUUCAGGUAUCCCCUCAACCAAGGGCCAACCAAGCUGAAGAUCACCACCACUGCGCCUCAUUCUGCACCCACAGGGAGUUCACUACCUUCGCAUUGCUUGCCAAGCUCUGGAAAUACGAUGCGAGCCUGGUCCAAGCGGCCGCGGAGCGGGGUCUGGAGGUCCUGGAGGUGCGGGGGAGGGACCCCCGCCUGGUGGGCCUGGACGACCUGUCCGGCACGGAGAUCCCUCUCCACUUCCUGUUCCGUCGCGACGGCCACGCCGCCCACCUGGUGGUGUUCUACGAGCGCAGCGGCAACUACCUGUGGCACGGCCCGCUGCGGCUGAAGGCCAGCAUGGACCGCAAGUUUGUGUCCUUCCGGAAGCUGGAUUUCGGCCGGCAGGCCGGGGCCUACGACAGGCCAGAGCUGGUCCUAGCCUCAGUGGAUGGGCUGGACGUCCGGAUCCCAAAGAACAUCUCGCGCUUCCUCAGUGAGCGUGCCCAGGCCCGCUUUCUGGAGUGCAGAUACAAGGAUGCACGGGCCUUCUAUCAGUUGUACCCUGAUGAUACAUCGCCGGAGGCCAUGGACUUCAGGAUGAAGGCCAAGAGUCUGCUGCACCUGGCAGCCCGAACGCUCCAUGAUCUGGGCGUGCCCUUCUGGCUGAGCAGUGGCACCUGCCUCGGCUGGUUCAGGCAGUGUAAUGUCAUCCCCUACAGCAAAGACGUUGACCUGGGCAUCUGGAUCAAGGACUAUCGGCCUGAAAUCAUCCUAGCUUUUCAGAAGUCCGGCCUUCCUCUCAAGCACAAAUUUGGAAAAGUGGAGGACAGCCUUGAACUCUCCUUUCAGGGUUUGGAUGUGAAAUUGGACAUAUUCUUCUUCUACGAAGAGGAUGACAUUGUGUGGAACGGGGGCACGCAGGCCAAGAGCGGCAAGAAAUUCAAGUACGUCUUCCCAAGGUUCACCCUGUGCUGGACUGAGCUGGUGGAACUGAAAGUGCGAGUCCCGUGUGAGACAUUGGACUACGUGGAGGCAAAUUAUGGUCUGAACUGGAACAUCCCGGUGAAGACCUGGGACUGGAAGACGUCGCCCUCCAACGUGAAGGAGAACGGGGUGUGGCCGGUUGGGGAGUGGGAUGAGGUCAUUCAGGUGUAUUGAUAUGCGGAGAGCACCAGAUGAAACAUCAAUAGUAUGGUAAAUGGUUGGCAUUUAUAUAGCGCAUUUAUCCAAAUUGAGGCUUCUCAUUCACCCAUUCACACACGCACUCGCACACCAAUGCCGAUUGGCUGCCAUGCAAGGCACCAACCAGCGCGUCAGGAGCAAUUUGGGGGUUAGGUGUCUUGCUCAGGGUCACUUGGACGCACCCAGGGCGGAAUCAAACUGGCAACCCUCCGACUAGCAGACGGCCGUUUUUACCGCCUGAACGGAAGUGUCGCCAUAGGAAGGAGACUAAGGAGGCUAACCACUGUAAAUAGCGUAGUGGUUAAAGUAUAUGACUGGGACCCACAAGGUUGGUGGUCUGAUCCCUGGUGUAGCCACCAUAAGAUCAGCACUGCUCUUGAGCAAAGCCCUUAUCCCCAUCUCCUACUUGGUCUAAUCAAGCUAAACUUGAUUCAGUUGGCCCUGUCCUGACCAAUCAGCUGAAGGUCUGUGUUCUCUGUGGAUCGAGACCUGGCAACACUACUGGAGACUUUGUUGACGCAACUCCGUUGUCACUCUGUAAUUAUGGAAAAUACUGCUGAAUGAUCUGUAAUUUAUUUAUUGGAUAUAGGUGUAAUGAUAAAUAGAAAUGUACUGGCAUUUUUAUUUUGCACUUGUGUUUGAAUGCCGAUGAGUUUGAACUUGUCCUGGAGCCGUGGCAGUUUCAAACAAUCACCUCAUUUCUGGAGUUGUUUUCGUGGUGCGGUACCAGUGAAAUGUAACUAAUAUUCUGUUUUUUAAUUUUAUUUAAUGAGAUGGCUAUCGACGUUCCUCCUUGGGCCUUAAACAUUGAGAGGGUGAGUGUGUUUGGGGGUGGAUGCAUGUGGCACACGCCUGCAUUAUAAUGAAAUGGAAGAUGAUUUAAAGUAGGAAUCGACUACUGUGCUGUUUUGUUGUAUGCGCCUUGUUAGUGUUCAACAUGUUUUGUAAAAAUAUUUAGAAUAUAAAAUUUCUUCCAAAAUUAUGAUCAGGCGUCUCCUUUUUUUCUUUUCUGAUAAAUUCAAAAGUAAAACAAAUCUGGAGUAUGGUGCCUGAAAUAUUUAGUAAAUGUCAAUAAUGACAGCUUAUUUCUGGUUCUGAUUUAUCCUUCAGCAAGCUUUUGGCUACCUUUUAAAUCAUGGGGGAAAUUAACAGAUUGAUUGUCUAAUUACUCUGGGAAAAUGUUCCUUGAGAGCCUUGAUAAAUACCAUUUGGUAUUCACCAAGAUGAUAGUUUUCCUAUAAUAUAUGCAACAAACAUUUUUCAUUGUGUAAUUAAGAAGUAUAUUGUGUGUGGGCAUUAAUUCAUUUGGUCAACAUGUUCAGCAUUGUGUUUGUGCCGGACCUUUCCUGAAAUAGUGAAUUUGAGGAAAAUAAAUUAAUAAAUAAAUAAAAUUCCACAGCA